GUGCGUGUGUAUGUAUGAGAGUGUGCGUGUGUGCGUGUGUAUGUAUGAGAGUGCGUGCGUGCGUGCAUGCUCCUUGAUUGCUGUUUUAAGAUGGGGACAUAACCUGACAGACACAAUUCAAACCAUAACUGAAAGUUUCAUUGAGACCUUGUCCGUGUUUGCCUGAUAACGUUAGAUGACUUUUUUUUUUUCUUUUCUCAGAUCUUCUGAGUUUUUUGAAGGUCAAAUGUGGAUAAUUGAAACAAAUUACAAAUGAAUUUUUCCACAUCUUCUAAGCUAUGAAAUUGCAUACUGUACAAGUCCAACUCAGGAAUUCUCGGGUUUAAGCUCACAGAAGAGCAGUGUGGUCUAGAAUGGUAUCCUGGCCAUGUGAAUAUUUAAAUACCACACUUUUAUCUCACAGCGCCUGCCUGAUAAAGACUUGCGUCACUUCUGCCUGCGCUGAGAUUCUGCUUGUUUCUGUUUUUAAAUCAACCUGGAAGUCCUACACAGUUGUGAAAGGGAGUCCAAUUUGUUUAACCAAAACUGAUUACUGAUCGUGAGUGUUGUACACCAAACAUGUCGGUGCAUGGUCAGAAAUGCUGGAUGUUUGUCAAUUUGUUAACAGAACAUUUGACGGGAACAUGAGUCAGCAUAUUUGGAGAAGGCUUGGUAGAAACUUUAGUGACUCGGCAGUGACUCAAGCAGUUCUUCACUUGACGAGAAGUGGUUGUCCUCGCUGGGAUUGCUUAAUUCUAGAGCAGUUGCGCAAAACGUAACUGAUGAAAGUGACACCAUAAAUGAAGCACCGCUGUUCCUUUCAGCACUAGCAGCUGUUUAUUAAUCAGACUUCCCGAACACACGGUGUUUGGGAAGCACCGCGAAGCAAGCUACGACACACUUUUUCCAGUUAUUACAAUUAGGCAGGUCGGAAUAACUGUUUCGAACUCCACCCAUCCUACCUGGAGAUACUGGCAGAGCAGUUAGGUUACUGUGGCAACCGUUUAUGACUCCAUGUUGUCUUGUUUGCACUGCUAUAUUCAGUCUCUAUAAUGGCUAGAACCACAUUUUAAGUUGAAAAGAAAUUUGGUGGGCAGCAUCUGAAAAAGAAAAAAAAAAGUUCGCAUAAACAAAGCUUCUGAGCAUUUCAACCUUAAUGCCCCGCUCGCCCCAGGCAGGGGUCUGGGGGUUAUUUGGUGGAUUGAUUUAGAUGAGUUUGCACACUCAGAGCACAGAGGCCUUCUUUGAAUCAGUACUAUAAGGAAUGUUUGUGAAGUUAUUGCUAUCGUUGAAGAAUAAAACCUGCUUGAAAACAAAACUGCUCUGCUGCAAUAUGUUCAACGUUCUGUGUUCUAAAUGGUCUGGGUGGUAGAAUUAAAGCUGCAGUCACAAUGCAGUGGUCAUUAAAAUAUUCCACAAAUAGAUGAGUCUUAAGUCUGUGUUUGAAGACUGCAAGGGACUCUGCUGUCCGUACUGCCAGCGGAAGUUCGUUCCACCAUCUGGGAGCCAGGAUGGAGAAUAGUCUCUAUGCUCGUCUUCCCAGGCUGGAGAGAAGAGAAUGUCGUGGUUUAAUGUGUCAAAGGAUGCCAAAAUGGCCAGAAAAAUCAAGACCGGUGACAGUUUGGCAGCUUUAGCAGCAUGACGUUUCUCUGCUAUGAGGGCUGAUUCUGUAGAAUUUGCAGAUGUUACUUCCAGUAAGAAGUUAGAAAGGAAAACUGGUAUGAGUUGAGGUCUGAAUCUAGGUGAGGUUCCCUCCACUGCCUCUCUGUUUCUGUUAGCCAGGGGGUUAGGUGGGGAGGACUUAGCAGGUCUAGAAUAGAUAGGGCACAGAAGAUUAAUCGAUGAGGAGAACAUAGAAAGGACAGUAUUAGUGACCGUGUCCAGAGAGAGAGAAGAAAGAGGGUGAGGGACGGUGGACAAAACGGAAGGGACGAAGGAGUGAUGAAGUGCAGAUUGCGACAGAAGGAGGAAGAACAUGUUGGGGAGGUAUAGAUGGAAAGAGAAUGUGAUGGUCUGAGAGGUGGAAGGGGGUGACCAUGAUGUCCGAUGUUGUGGUGGUCCGAGUGAAAAUCAGGUCCAGAAUGUUGCCCACUCUGAGUCGGAGGACACUGGUUGAGGACAAGGUCAAAUGACAUCAACAGUGGAAGGAUGCAGGAGGAAUGUAGCUCGUCUGAUGGAAGUUUUUAAGUCACCAAGGAAAAUGAGUGGGUUUCCUUCAAUGAGGAAUUGACUCAGGAGGGCGUCAGGCUCAUCAAUGAAGUUAUCUAGGGAACCUGGAGGGCGGUAGAUGACAAUGAUGUUAAGUUUGCGGGAAAAGACAGUGUAAUAGCGUGAAAUUCAAAAGAAGAGAUUGAAAGAGUAGAGGAAAGGAAAGUGGAGCGAAACGCCACUUUUGAGACGAUGGUAAUCCAGUGCCGCCACCUGCUGAGAUACCUUGGAGAAUGUGUGAAUGAAGAGGCAGAGGACAGGGCAGCCGAGUUCCCAGGGGUGAUCCAUGUUUCUGAUGGAGCCAGGAAGUGGAGGGAGGCUAGUACUGAGAUGAAGUGAGCCUUCUGGACAGAAGAUUGGCAAUUCCAGAGCCCUCCUGCCAACACGUUAAAAUGCAGGCCUGUGAAGGAGUGAGAUGGGAAAUGGCCCACAGAACCAAUCAGCACAGAGGGCCAGAUGUGACACGAUUGGAGACUGCCCAGCCCUACACCCAAUCAGCACGGAGGGCCAGAUGUGACACGAUUGGAGACUGCCCAGCCCUACACCCAAUCAGCACGGAGGGCCAGAUGUGCACCUCUGUAAAUCACAACACCUCAUGUUUCAGGGUGAACUUCAGGGUGAAGCUUUGAAGACCUGUUCCUGGAUUAAGCCUUUGGUUCCAUCUUCUCACUUCAAACUCAGCUGAACCAAUACAAGACAAGAGCUGGCAUACUGCAUGCCACAAUCUGGCAUACGUGCACGGUCGGUUUCUGUGAUUCCCAGAUAAUCAAUCAGGAAUACUGUAUGUAAAUAUAAAGCUUUUUCCCUCAUUUUCCUCUGCAGUGUUGGUAUGGUGUUUUAGUCUUCAUGCUGUGAUAUUACUGAACAAGGGACAGUUCUGGCAUUUCCUGUUGAACUAGUCCUACUCUCUUUUUCCCUCCCAAAUCUUUUCAAUUCAAAAAUGUACAUAAUUUUGAAAUUUUAGCUUGGUCGUUAUAUUGGAGAACCAAUCAACAAGUGUACACUGGUGUUCUGUUUUUCUUUAUUCAAUGAACAAUAUUCUUUUAUACAAUUUCUGUAUAGUUAAACUUUGUUAGUACUAUACUAAUGUGUCUGAAUCUCUUACCUCAGAAUUUCUAUGAAGUUCUAGGAAAAACCUGGGUGAUCAGAAUUUCUUUUAGACAUUGAGAAAGCUGUUACUAUUUCUAUGGUUACUAUUUCUCAGUGAUACCAUCAUUGAUAUAAUGGCAAAGUCACUUGUCAUUGAUAAAUAGAAGAUCUUAUUACAGCAACGCUAUUCUAACCUGACAAAAAGCCAGUUAUCACUUUACAUAUCUGUUGGCUGAGCUUAUGAAAUGACCCUGCCCCUAAGAACUGUGACCAGAAUUAGCCAAUACUCAUGUAAAGUUUACAAAAAUUCUGUUCAGUUUUGGUAUUAGUUCUAAGUUUCAAUUCCUGCACAAGUACUGUUCAGUUUCGGUUGUAGCUCUAAGUUUCGAUUUUUGCACAAUGACUGUUGCAGUGGGCGGAGGGAGAGUCCAGGGUAUAAUAACGGAGUGACGCGACUCAGAGUAGUCCGUUGCAGAACUGUACUUCUUUGAACCAUACAAUAAAAUGGCAAAUCCUGAUCAUGACCAGGUGGAUUUCAAGGUGACGCGAAAUUCACGUUUCAUCACUGAAAUCUCAGUCGAGGGCCGGCACCUGAGCAUAGAUGACCUGAAAUUGGAAUUUCAGAAAGAUUGUACAAUAUGGAAUAAGCUAUGUGAGCUGGGCAGUACGAAUCAGGGGUCAAAAAUCUACAGCGAGAAACCAAGGAUGCUAGAUUACUUGAGUAAAACCAUUCAAAGCUAUCCGAAGCCAGUUGAAUUCCAUGUUGCAAAUGUAGCACAUGUCACUGAGGAAAAUGCAUUACUUGAGAUAUGGAAGUCAGAGAAAUUCAGGCCAAAUAACACCGAAUUCUCAUGGUGGGAUUUGAAAAUUACUGACGAGGAAAUUAAUUCUGCAGAAAAACGCUACUUAGAGACGAAUAAAGCAACAAGCUCAUAUGAAAGCCAGGAACCGUUUCUGAAAAAGUUCACCACAUCACCACUGUUCCAAACUCACGAAUCCCGCUAUGGCAAUUAUCGCUUUACGUUUCCACUGGCCGAGCUGCUGGAACGGUACAAAGAGCAGAACUGCGGAGGAAAGGAGCCAGUACUCAGAGUGUUUAAGACCACCGCCUAUAAACAGGAGAUUGUGUACGCUGUGCUGAUUCACAGCCCCGAGUAUAACGAACAUUUUGGAGCGUUCCCAGCUCUUGAAGAUAGUAAAUUUGUUGGUUACCGUGAUGGGAAAAUUAUCUGGAAAGCACAAGCUAUUUCAGAAACUCACAGGUAUCAGUUUUUAUCAGGGGAGCUCGAAUAUCUACCGUCCCAUGUGUUCUACGUAUGGGAUCAGGUUAGUGUAGUCUUUCACCUGCCAGUACAGGCUUCAGCUCACAUUAAGGUCACAAAAAAAAGACUCAUAAAUGCCCUUGAAAUUUGUACAAUUGCCAAAAUACAUCUAACAAGGAAUGAAACUAAGGCAGAGCCGGAGGCAUUGUUGAAAUGUUUGAAAAAGGAGGUAGAAGACAUGGAGGAAGUUGUGAGUGGUUCAGAAAAAGAACUGAAAGAGGAGAGUGAGACUAAACUCAUCUGACAUCAUCGCUGUGGCAACUACACCCGUUCUCCCACUUGGGUCCUGCAAGCUGCAAUCAUGUGCCUUGACCAGCGAAUCACUAGCUGUUUUAUUUUACCGUCACAAACGGCUAGUAAAUAUAUUUAGUGUUUAUUUUAAGUUAAAACGCCAGCAGCAGUAAGACUGAUGCCAAGGUAGGUCGAGCUGCUUAGCAUUAAAAGGAGCACAAAUGUGUGACCAAUGGAAAUAAAUGCAUGUUACUUAUAAAAUAUGCAAAUGUGCAAAAACCAUAUUCAGAUGUGGAUUUAUUGAAUUCAAAAUAUUAAUUCAUCAGGAUUCAAGUAUUUCUCUCACGUAUUAAUGAAUUAUUGAAUACAAUAACUCAGCCUAUGGUAGACUUUGGUGAAAAGGUUACAAAGCUAUGGCAGUAGCAGAACACACCCAUUAGAUUAUAUUUAUUACAAGUGCACAAAGGAUAUAGUCUGUGUUUAUAAUCAGGUAUCAGUGCAGUUUGUCUACAGCUAAUGCUUGGACUCUUACAACUAUUUUUAUGUUUUACUAUUUCUUUUGCAGCUGACUUGAUUUGGUGGUAGUUUUUAUAUGAAUUAUUUUUUUCUAUUAUUUUAACACUGAAUUCCUGGACAUUGUGAGAUCUAUAACACUAUACAAUUUAUUGAAACAAUUCUAUGUAAUUGUAUAAUCAUUCCUAGUUUGUGUCAAUUUUGCAUUAAGAUGUUUCAUGUUAUACUUUAAUUAUAACUGGACUGGGUGAUAUUUUAAAUAUUUGUAUAAUUCAAGUAUGGAAUAAUAAGGUAUAUUGUGUAAAAGCAAAUAUUUCUAUGUAAAAUGAAUCGAGCUUACCGCAUACAAACAAUAAACUCUGACC